AUGCCAUUGAUCCCGGGUUCCGUCCACGACAUGCUGGCCCGACCCCACCCAGUGCUCCGGGAGAACUCAAAGCAUGCCGUGAACAAGAAUUCGACGAAGUGGGAACACAUGACCCAUUUUCACCUCUCGCACUGGAAGGAUUUCACCUUUGUGAACUUAUACAACGCCUUCAGCCACAUCCUCCGCCGACCGGUCGGCGAGGGGCAGUUCCCAGGCGCAGCCCUGCCAUCCAGCUACAACGUCCAGCACAAAUCGGAGGUCAAGUCCGUCAGCUCCACCUAUCUGGAGACGCUCCUCCACGCCCCCAUCGUCGAGGGUGUUAGCGUUCUGCGCGAGAGUUCGCCGCCCAGCCACAUCCCCUCGGUCACCAUCAUGUCGAAUCAGCUGGUCCAUACGGGCGAACCCAGGUUCCAGAGCAGCCUGAGCUUUCUCGCCGAGAGCAACCCCCGGGCCAACCUAGUCGUCAGCUGCACCCGGCUGGCGCAGGCGUGGCACUCGGACGACAUCAUAUUCCUGUUGAAUGGAGAUAAGAACAUGAACCCGAUGCGCCAGGUCGCCUCGUACGGCGUCCACGGAGACACGCGCUACGCCUUCAUCCUGACCAACGAGGAGGUGGUCGUGGUACGGUUCUUCCGCUCCGACGACCCCGAGACCAGCCACCAGUGCAGGGCGGAGUGGCGGUCCAUCCCCUGGGACGCGUCGGGCGAGAGGGUCCUGACGCCCGCGUUGGCCAUCUGGUUUCUGGUCAUGAUGAGCCUACACCGCGAGCAUCGCCCCAUCCGGACGCGCCGGGAGACAUUGCCUGUCAACCUCUGGUGGACCGAGACGGGCGACAAGGGAGAGGUCACGUACACGCACCACCUCUCGCUGCGCAAGACCGAUACCCGCCCUCCUGGAGCGGAGUUUCGAGACAGGCCGUCUGAGUAG